AUCAUAAGCCGAAUUGAAGAUGCUCGCCUUAAAGAAGUGCAAAGUCAACGGCUGUUUGAACUCCUUAGGCAACUGUUGUCAGCAAUACAGCAGCGCACGCAACCCUACUGCGUUAUACAUAUUAGAAGUCAUAAAUGGUCUGAAGGUUUGGGGGAAGGGAAUGCGCGUGCUGACCAGCUCGUGUCUGUAGCAGCUCCACUAAGCGAGUUUGUUAAAGCACGAGAAUCACACAACACAUUUCACCAAAACGCACGGGGACUGCAUCGACAAUUUGACAUUACAAUGGAAGAAGCUAGAGGAAUUGUACGAGCUUGUCCUACGUGCAGUCAUCAUGGACCGGGACUAGGGCCGCAGUGGAUCCCAGCAAAAUGGACCAAAGCAGCAGUGACUGAUGCUCCAGUAACCAAUGUCAACUCGUGAUUGAUUUAUUAAUAUUGUUUUAGCUAUAUUUUAAGCAUAAUGUUGAGAAUUGUUGUGUUAAUUAAUUUUGUUGUCGUAGUUGUAGCUUUUGUGCCUAAAUCAUUGUUUGAUUUGCGAGAAAAUGUAUGGGUAACUUUAAGUAGAGCUGUUAACACAACCACGUUUUGUGCAAGUUUGUCAACCCCUAGCGUACCCUUUUUAACUUGUUUAGUAGGUGUGCCGUUAAAUGACUCAGAUUGGAUCGCCCUUAACCAGUCUCUUAACCAGAUGCCAAAAGUUACCAUAUUGGCUCGAGGUAAUAAUAUGAGCAGCUUUUUUGAAAAAUUUGAUAACUGGGAUGACAAACUCCCUAUUGGUCCUAGCCCUCAAGAAAUCGAACUAGUCGAUUCACUAAAUGCCUCUUACUGUGUAUAUUUGAAUUCUUCCCGGUACCCUUGUGCUGGUGAAGCCUCUAACAUGCCUUGUAGUACAACUGCUAUCACUCCCGUAUAUCCAAUUAAGAAUCAGUUUAAUUGGAGUGUUUGGUGUAACCAUACCAGUCGAAAUUUGUCUAAUCCUGCACCUGGAGUAUUAUAUCCUAGGAAAUUACCCCCUGGUUUGUUUUUUAUUUGUGGUAAUAGAGCAUGGAAUGGAAUACCCUCAAUGCCUGUAGGUGGUCCAUGUACCAUCGGUCGUCUGAGUUUAGCCUUACCACAUAUUCAUCCUAACAAAUCAAAUCCAGUGAGAUGGAGAAGAGACACUUCCCAGAUCCUUGGUAACACCUGUGAUGAUAACGUUCAACUUUGGAACAAAUGGGAGGUAUUUUUUGCUUCGUUAUUUAUCCCAGGUGCCGCCGCUGCUCGGGCCCACAAAAAUUUAGAAACGCUGUCUUGUUGGGUGGUUAAACAAGCCAACCUCAGCAGCAGAGUUUUAUCAGACCUAGCUGAUAGUUUAACUACUGUUCAACAUGCUGUUUUGCAAAACCGCAUGGCCAUUGACUUUUUACUAUUAGCACAUGGACAUGGCUGUGAAGAUUUUGAAGGCAUGUGUUGUAUGGACCUUGAAGAUAAUUCAAGCUCCAUACAUAAAGAAAUCAAACAAUUGAUGGAACAUUCUCAAAAAAUUCAACAAGAUGUUGGAUUUUUUGGCCUUGAAAGCUUAACAAAUUGGCUUGGGAUAGGAGGCUGGUUAAAAAGACUGUUGCAAAGUGUGUUGCUUAUAGUAAUAAUUGUUAUCAUUGGAUUUAUAUGUUUAAGCUGUGCUCUCUCUUGUAUUCGAAAAUUAUUUGAGCGUGUAACUGGACCAGUUUUCCUUGUCCAAAAAGAAAAAGGGGGAAUUGUUGCAGAAUGGAUGAAAGAGAACGGCCACGGUUCCAUAGAAGGACUGUGUGAUACAGCUUUUGACAUAAGCUGGAGUGAACCAAGCUAGGCCGCAGCGAGAAAUUACCAGACUUGCUAGAAAUGGAAAAUUACCAGGCUUGCUAAUAAGGGAAGAGAGAUAAGGUCAUGCUGACCUUGUGCCUAAUGUUGUAAAUAACUUUGAGGAAUUCGCGUAGACAAGAGAGGAAAAAAAGAAAAAUAUAUGUAGCUAGCUAUCCGCAGAAACCGCAAAUAGGAGGACGUAUGAAAGUGUAACCCUUUAGAGCUUAGCCAAUCAGCAGAUGAUUAGUAGGCAUAAUUAACU